UCUUUAUAAAGCACAGCUAUACACGUAGAAUGAUCAGUUAAGGCGAGCUUUAUAAUAUCGAACAUUUGUAGGAUGGACUUUAAUCUGAUCGAGUACAUAUAAAAUGGAAAUUUAUUGAUGUUACACAGUUUAUGUCUUUGAAAUGGGUAAAAAGCGAAUUGGUGACUUUAUACGCGGAAUAAAUUUCCUGAAGCUGACAAAAGAGCAAGGAGAUGAAUUUGGAAACAAAAUGAUCGACAUUGAAAGUCAAAUCAACUACGAUAAUGAUGGCAUACAGAUCGAUGAAGUGAAGGAUGGAUUCGCAGCAUUUGCAGAGAAGGUUGGCGUACCAAAGUUUCCUGAACUACAUUCCGGCGGUUACUUGGCCGCACACUCGGCUAUUGACGUUCUGAUCAGGCUUGUAGGGGAACUAGAACAUGAUGAGGCAGUCUCUAAAGCAUUCGGUAAGGUAUACGCCGACACGUGGCUAGCACUCCUUAAGGCAGGACCAAGCUCCGCACAAACAGAAAUAAUGUCCACAUUCCAAACGUACAUCUUCGAACAGUAUAUCAUGAACUGUGAACAUAAACAAUUUUCUGAAAUGUUCUCCCAAAUGAAGGUUACAUUCCACUACGACGCGUCCAUAGAAAAAGGCCACGAAGAGCGAGAAUAUGCUGACUUUGUACAUAAAGCCAUCAGCUAUUUAUUUGAACGCAUGGAAGAGAAACAACUGAUCGAAUCACGGAAAGAAUUCCUGGAUCUGUACCAUCACUUCCAAAAACAGCUGUCUGGUUUAUCGGAGACGUUCGCUACAUACGUGGGUUAUUUACUCAGAGAUAUGGCUUCAGGAUUCCCCAACGAAAACCCAUAUGGUGAAACGAAAGGGGUUGGACAUGCAGACCCAAAAAGCAGCAAAGAGAGCAUUGAACUGGUGAAAAGCAUGAUCUGUGAUCCAAAGAUAAAGUCCCAAGAAGACAUCGGAAAAUUUAAAGCUGGCGCAACCUUAGAAGGUGUAAUAGAAGGAAUGUUCAAAGCCGAUGACAUACCUGGAAUGAUUGACCCUCUGAUGAGCCUCGUUUCGGAGUUUUCGAAGUCAGCCGGAUCUCCAUUCGGAGGGGAGAUUUACGCAACCGUCAGGGAUAGACUGUUUAAUAAAAUGGACGUUGACUCCUAUGUUCCUAAUGUCAAGGUCUAUGAAUCGUGUCUGGGAAUGGUCCUAGACGUUUUACCGCAUCCGAAUGUUACAGAGCCAAUGGCGGACAUGAUCAAGUUUGCAUUUGCAUAUUGCCUUAUGAAAUUUCAAGACAUGACACAGCCUUUGGCAAAGAAAUUUGUAACCGCCAUGAUCGAACUGCUUAAAUCAGGAAACAUAAUACUGGUUAAAAUAACUGUGAGAAUAUUAAGGGAUGACGAUAUGCUAGAACGACUCAAAUGGAAGAGUUUAAUCGAGGAGGUGAAGAUGAUGCUGGGGACUGUAGGAAAGAAGCCAAUCAAGGAGAUGCAAAAGGAUGGACGUGACAAGCUGGACACUAUAAUCGAAGGAUACACGGAUUUCUGCGACUAUUUUCUAAAAGCGCUGUGGAAGUCUAAGAUGGUUGAUAAAGUACAGAAAGAGCUUAUUGAAGCAAUAUUUGACUGCUUUGAGCUAGAGAGCCCAGCAAAAGCCAACAUGGCUUAUAAAUUACAAGAUGAUCUCCGCCUAUCGAAGCCUGACAAAGAUCUUAUUAUGUUCAUUCUGACUCGCUGUAAAGCUGACCUGGCCAACAAAGAGUUGAAAUGGACGAUUUACUCUAGCAGAAGUAUAUCUAAUACUUUACAGGCUGUGAUCACGGCCUAUAAUGGAAAUGGCAAAAUGGUUACCCCAGAACAACACAAGCUAUUCGCGGGGAUAUUUAACAUUUGUAUGGAAGGGGACUCAACAGUGGAACAUUUUAUUGACUACGAUGAAUGCCAUACAGUUUAUAUGACGAUAUACCGGAACAACCUCGAAAACUAUUAUGAAUUGCACCGAGAGACGAGUACCCAAGACUGUUUCAUUGAUGUAAUACCGGGUGUGCUCAAGUGGGUCAGGAUUUCAGUGGAGGAGGAUUGUGAACAAGUCAAAGAUACCAGUUUCCGCAUCCUCCAGAACUGUUCUAUUAAGGCGGUGAAAGGCAUGGAAAAAUAUCUCAAAGAUCUAAUGGACCUCAUGUUUCUGAGUGAACAGUAUCAAUAUUUGUCUCCAUUGAUUACGAAGCUGUACCCAGACAACCCAAAUGAUGUCCAUACAAGUCUCCCGAAUCUGUUUGACAGGUAUCCGAUGCUAAAGGACUUCGACCAGACGAUGGUUAUGAACCUGAUGGUGACUGUGUCGACCACGCAUCCAGAGGCAUUUACAGAUCAGCAGAUAAAGAGUUUGGUAGAUUGGCACCUGGAUGCUUCUGAGGACUCGGACAGCCUUCUACUAAUUGUACUUCGUUUUAUAUCAGAGAAACGACCCAGAAAAUUGGUUCCCCACUUAAGGUCAUUUUUAAAACCGCACAAAAAGGGCCAUGCAAUGAUGUUCAGUGUGAAACUAUACAUUAUUGGAAAUGUCGGUGUUUGUGAAAAGACUCUUGCAGAAGAAUCAAUGGACUUUAUGGUUUCCAAUUUCGGAUUUCACGACCCGAGUGUUGUAAUGGUCAUAAAUUCAAUGAUUGCGACGCUUAUGAAAGCCAGCAAACAAUAUAUGCAAAAGUACAGGGAACACGUUGAAAAGCUCGAGAAAAAUGGCACAACACCCAAUAUUAAAGAUUGAGCUAGGCACAUACUCAACAUACUGGACGGCAAAGUAAUUGAAGAGGUGUUUAAUGACGUCCAAGAAACCAAGGAAACGGUAAACGUGAUUGACAAGAAAGUUGAUGCUACCAUAGGUACAGUUAUAACAAUCGGCGAAAAAGUCGUUGAACACGAUAAAGAUAUAUCCAAGCUGCAAAAAGAAGUUGAUACUCUGGAUGAAAGAGUUGACGAUGUGGAAGAUGACCUUGGUGAGACAAAAGUAAAGGUCGAAGCAAUUGAUAAUAAGACUAUGAUAAAUGCACCUAAGUGGUCACGAGAUCUGACGAAGCUAAUGAACCCGACUAGUAGCGCAGAUUGGCGUUUACUUGCGCAGAGACUGCAGUACAACAAUGAUGAUAUCAGGGGUUGGGCGCAACAGAAUGAUCCGUGUAUGGCCGUCCUCAGCGAAUGGUAUGCAACUCAUAAAACAAGCGAAGCAACUAAGGCAAUUUUAAAGAUUUUGGAGGACAUGAACAGAAUGGACGCUGUUGUUAUUGUGGAGAAUGCAAUGAAAGCAAGUGAGGGUGUUGUGGAAGACGAAGAAUUUGAAUAUGCCAGUCCACCGCCAAUAUUCCUGAGCUAUCAGUGGGGGAUGCAAGAAGAGGUUAAACUACUUAAACAACAUUUAUUGAUGGCUGGUUUUGAAUGUUGGAUGGACAUUGGUCAAAUGGGAGGAGGGGACAAAUUGUUUAACAAAAUCGAUGACGGAAUCAGAGCAGCCAAAGUGGUCAUAUCGUGCACAACAGAAAAAUAUGCACAAUCGCCGAACUGCAACAGGGAGGUAAACUUGGCUGUAAACCUUGGUAAACCAAUCAUUCCUCUCUUAAUGGAAAAGAUGGACUGGCCCCCAAAAGGAUCUAUGGGUCCAAUCUUCAGUGAAUACCUGUUCAUCAGGUUCUUCCAAAGAAAUGGAGAGGAAACAAAAGAGUCGGAUCAAAGAUACUGGCCGUUGUCGAAGUUCAAUGAGCUUUUGAUGCAGAUUCAUCUGCACAUUGUACCAGAUGAAAGAAUUGUAACAAAAGAGUACAAGAACUGGUGGAAUCCCAUAAUGCAGGCGGUAUUCAUUGAUAAAAACAGGGGAAAAGGGAAACCAACUCAAGCAAAGUCUAGUGCAGAGAACAAGUUAAAUGAUGCUUCAGACAAGUCGCCGUUAGUAUUCCUGUCCUACCAGUGGGAUCUACAGCCCCAGGUGUUAUUGCUGUAUCAACGUUUGACGUCACUCGGAUACUCAGUAUGGAUGGAUAUUCACCAGAUGGGAGGCGGCGACUCACUCUAUGACAAAAUAGACAGAGGUCUGAGAGGAUGUAAGGUAAUCGUGUCCUGUGUUACGCCGAAGUAUUCACUGUCAGCCAACUGUAGGAGGGAGGUUAGCCUUGCAGACGCUCUCAAGAAGCCAAUCAUUCCAUUGCUGUUGGAAGAAAUGAAAUGGCCUCCGGGUGGUCCAAUGAGCAUGGUGUUUACGGAACUGCUUUUUAUCAACAUGUACAAAGAUCCGAAUACACCGAAAACUUGGUCUGGUCCAAAAUUUGACGAACUUAUACAAAAACUUCAAGAACACAUUCCAAGCCUUACGGCAGUGGUAAGCGUCACAACAGCAGAUACAAAACCUUCAAACGGAAAUUCACCAAACAAAACAGAUCCGAAGGGAACCCAAGCGAAUGCUCAACCGGACAAGGCAAAGGCAACUCAAAAUGGUUCGCAGUCAGAUUCUAAAAGCGGACAGUCAAAAGGCUUAACAAACAAGUGGGAAGACACACUUGAGGCAUCGCCUAAACCUACAAAUAGUAAUCUAAAGGCAAACCCAACAAAACCGUUAUCUGAAAAAUCACAAGAGGAGACAGGCCAAUCGAAAGACGGUCCCACAGGCAAUUCUAAAUCACUUGAGGCACCGCAUAAAGAAACAGAAAGUAAACUAAAGGUAAAUCCAACUGAAUCGCCGCCUGAAAAGUCAAAAGACACUAGCCAAUCAAAAGACAGUUCCACAGGCAAGGCUAAAUCACUUGAGGCACCGCCUAAAGCAACAGAGAAUAAGCCAAAGGCAAAUCAACCAAAGGCGAAUCAAACCAAUCCAUCGUCUGAAAUGUCAAAAGAGACAGGCCAAUCUAAAUCAUGUGUAUUGCUUUAGAAAACGAUAUAAUGACACUCUCCGCAGCAAUGUAAUUUCAGUUAGAUUGAUACAGCUUCGGUUCAUUUUGAAAUGGUAUGAAGCAACGAUUUGGAAGAAAAACUUUAAAAAACAUGUUAAACAUGCCUUCUCAACAUUUUUUACGUGUAUAUGAAUUAUUCUUAUUUCUAUAUUUCCAUGUCAUCUAAUUAAUUUUACAUAUUUGUUUCGGAUAGAAACAAUAUUAGUAAUUAAAACACGAUAUCGAUGCUGGGAUCAAGCUCCAAUCCAUCACAAUGUCCGAUGGUGAUCGCUCAGGAUGAGUAUAAGGAAUCUUACUUUAUUUCGUAGGCUUGUUUUCAAAGGUCGUACUUUCAACAAGGGACAAGCUGAAAAUAAACCAUUUUGAAAGUCGACGAUUAAUAAUUUUGUUCAUUUAAAUAUAGAUGUUUGCAAUUAAAGAUUGAUAAAAUUGUAAAUGAUAUCAAAUAAUUUGUGACGUGUGCUUGUUCAUUCUGAGUGAUUUAUUCGUACUUGAGUGUGUUUGUGCUUAAGUCAAUAAAAUUCAUCCAUUCAGUUGAGCUCAUGUCUGCUGUAAUAAAUGGUUUAUAAUUCGUAUUUGAGCUGAAAGAUAAACUAUCUGCUUCGAGCAAACUUUAUUUUCUAGAGUUGUGAUAUGUCCAAUAAAAGUUGAAUUAAUCUUCAUGCCUUUCAAGUCCAGCUAUUCAAAAUGGACUGCUAUAUUUCCAUGUGCAUCUCAUUGAGCGUCUCUGUGUGACUUCAAAUUCGGUUACGUUUCAUGUGACCAAUGUCAUUGCAGUAUCAUCGAUAUAAAGCGACUUCCCAAUACAUUAAUAUAAUUAUCAAUCUCAUCUCAAGUAUGAGUAAAAGCUAAUACUUCAGGUUAGGAUAUAAACAAACAGUUAACCACCCAGGAGCUAGAACUUUAAGCUCGUAUAUGACUUGGUAUGAUAAAGAAACUUUUUGUGCCUUAAUUCUUUAUUACAGAGACAGUUCACUUGUUCACCUAUUAAUGCCCCGGUGACUAUUCGGUAUAUUAUAUAUGCAUUCGUGUAUGUCUAAAAACCAGGAUACAUGUUA